GUGACGUAACAACCAACCAUUUACGCAGACCUCCCGCUCACACACACACUACACACAUAACAAACGUAUAUAGCCAAAUUGGCCAUUACACACACAUUGACUUUAGUGGAAACCUAAAGACUCCGCUGUCGUUCCGGGGCGGAUCCACAGCCGUUCCGCACCCAGUGGAAAUUAGGAGUAAGGGGUGUUUUAGCAUCUCCCUGCUCCUAGUUUUGGUUUUAUGGCCUUCAGCUUUGUCUCACUACUCUCAGCUACCUGUUUUCAGCCAAAAUACUCACACAGGAUAUUUUGUUACUUAUGUAGCCUACCUUUAUACUCUGUUCAGACUGCUGUCAUUGUAAAAUAUACAAUAUGAAAUAAAGAUGAAUAUAUCUAUUUUAUUUAUUUAUUUAUCUUUUUACUGACUCCGUGUUUGGGUUUGGAACCCCAGCAACUUCAGAACAUCUAAAAAACAACAUUUCCCAGAGUGCUUUUGGAGAAGGGCUGUACCAGAGUCCGUGUGCACUGGGGUGUGUCCCACACACGCGCAGCCACACACUCACGCGCGCAACGUAGAAUUUUUCCGAGUGAGUCUCUGCAAUCUGCUCUUCUUUUCUUCCUCUCUUCCCUCUCUGCCCGAGCUUCAUCUGACGCCUGCGGCUCAGCGAUCUUCUUCCGCACACAUUCUCACAUCCAAGACUGACAAAAUGGCCAGCAGAGGAACUGUAAAAGCCAGUUUGAACUUCAAUGCCACUACAGAUGCUGAGGUCCUGUACAAGGCCAUGAAAGGGCUGGGGACCGAUGAGGCUGCCAUCUUGCAGCUGUUGGUAGCUCGCAGCAACGCCCAGAGGCAGCAGAUCAAGACUGCCUACAAAACUCUGUUUGGAAAGGAUCUGGUAGAUGACCUAAAGAGAGAGCUGACUGGCAAAUUUGAGACCCUGAUAGUGAGUCUGAUGAGCCCACCCCUCGCUUACGAUGUGAAAUUGAUCCACAACGCCAUCAAGGGGGCAGGAACCAAUGAGAAGGUGCUGGUGGAGGUCCUCGCCUCCAGAACACCUCUACAAGUGAAGGACAUCGUCACUGCCUAUAGACAAGAAUAUGAUGCCGUCUUGGAGGAGGACAUAUCCGGUGACACUUCAGGUCACUUCAAGAGACUUCUGGUUAUUCUGCUCCAGGCAAACAGGCAGACAGGGAUCCAGCAGGAAACCAUAGAUGCUGACGCUCAGGCCCUCUUCAAGGCAGGAGAGCAGAAGUUUGGCACUGAUGAACAAUCGUUUGUCACCAUCCUGGGAAACCGGAGUGCAGAACAUCUUAGGAAAGUAUUUGCUGCAUACAUGAAGUUGUCUGGAUUCGAGAUCGAGGAGAGCAUUAAUAGGGAAACAUCUGGCGCCCUGAAAGCUCUGCUUCUGGCUGUCGUGAAGUGUGCCAGGAGUGUUCCGGCCUAUUUUGCGGAGACUCUGUACUAUGCAAUAAAGGGUGCAGGAACAGAUGACGACACCCUAAUCAGAGUGAUGGUGAGUCGCAGUGAGGUGGACUUGUUGGACAUCAGAACUGAAUUCAGGAGGAUGUUUGCCUGCUCUCUGUUCUCCAUGAUCAAGGGAGACACCGGCGGCGACUACCAGAAGGCCUUACUGUUGCUCUGUGGUGGAGAUGAUGCGUAACCCUGGUAACAAGCAAUAAACCAGGAAGCACACCUUAAGUGCCUUGUCUCCAAGUUGGUCUUUUUUGUGGGCCGUCAGCUCACCAAAACAAGAAGCUAACACAAAGUCAAAAUUCAUCACAACAAACAUACUUGUGUGUAAGAGACGGCCCAAUCAGGUCUUUUUAAACUAUGUCUCCAAAUAAUGUCUUUGAAAGGUAGCUAACAUUUUAUUCCUGUCUACAUUAAUUAUUGCAGCUUUUUGUCUAAUACCCUUCAAUAUGACUAAUAUAAUGUUAUUCAUUUGUAAUGCAAAAAUAUCAGACUACACUUGUUUUGUUUGCACUUUGCAUGGAAGCAACAAUAUAUGCAAUAAUAAAGAUUCAACUGAUGAAGUAUAAUGGA